CCAAACUGACUUAUAAUGUUAGCCAAACUGACAGCUAAUGUUAGCCAAACUGACGGUUAAUGUUAGCCAAACUGACAGCUAAUGUUAGCCAAACUGACGGUUAAUGUUAGCCAAACUGACAGUUAAUGUUAGCCAAACUGACGGUUAAUGUUAGCCAAACUGACAGCUAAUGUUAGCCAAACUGACAGCUAAAGUUAGCCAAACUGACAGCUAAUAUUAGCCAAACUGACAGUUAAUGUUAGCCAAACUGACGGUUAAUGUUAGCCAAACUGACAGCUAAUGUUAGCCAAACUGACAGCUAAUGUUAGCCAAACUGACUUCUAAUGUUAGCCAAACUGACAGCGCACUUAAAUGGCGAAACGAGCAACAUGACAGCACGUUGAGGAGAACAGGCUCCAGGUAUAAGAGGUGUAACUUUGAGGAGGGAUUCUGUGACCUGAUCCAGAGCUCAGAAAUGCUCUCUGGAUGGACCAGAACAACUGAUGUCCCGGGACUCAAACAAGACCACACGAACAACACAUCAGCACAUUUCUUGUCCCUUUCACCUGUCAGUGGAAACAGUACCACCGCAGACUUGAACAGUCCCGUCUUCAUGCCCAGUCAGACUUGCCAGAUGAGUUUCUACCAUUAUGUUGGGGCAAAACAUGGAGAUCUUCAGGUCUUGGUUGAGACUCUCUUACCGGGUCAGAGCACGGAGGUGUGGAAACACUCCACACAACCACAGAUGGAAAUGUGGCAGCGGACAGUGAUUACAUUUUCCAGCAAUCACAGUUUUCAGGUGGUGAUUCGAGGGCAACUUUCCGCUGACAGCAAUGCCUCCAAGGUCCUGGCCGUCGAUGACCUAUCCUUCAGUCCUGGCUGUGAGACUGAGCCUGAGACCAGUGUACCUCCUCCUCCUGUCUGCCCUUCCUCGUUGUUUUCCUGUGGCAGUGGGGAGUGCAUCGAGGAGAGCAAAGUGUGUGACUUCACCCCACAUUGUCCCCACGGAGAGGACGAAGCCAGCUGCCCCUCUCAGUGUGACUUCGAGGGUGGUUCUUGCGGCUGGUACGAACUCACCCUUGGCGAUGGCUUUGACUGGCUCAGGGGCUCUUCUGUGGAGGUGUCUCCAGACUACCACCCACCCCCUCUGGACCACUCGACAAACAGCACUGAGGGACACUUCAUGUUUAUUAUGAAGAACAGUAGCAGUCUUUUUCCGAGGGCUAUUCUCAGAGGACCCUGGUUCAAACAGUCGGCCUCCGAGUGUACCAUGACCUUCUGGCAUUAUAACUCAGGUAUUUCCGUGGGGGCUGCAGACAUGCUCCUUCGAAUCAAUGGAUACCAAAACAACACUAUCAUAUGGAGGACUUUGUACGACCAGGGAGCCCGUUGGAACCAGGUCACCGUCCAGCUGGGACGCAUCACCCAGCCCUUCCAGAUCGCUCUGGCUAAGAUUAGCCUCGGUGUGUUUGACGGGGUCUCCGCCUUGGAUGAUGUCACCUUCAAGAACUGUUCAAUGCCCCCUGCAGUGGCGGAGUGCCCAGCGCAAACACAUUUCCACUGCGUGCAUACCAAGGCAUGUGUGGAGCACUUGCAGCUGUGCGACCUUGUGGAUGACUGUGGGGAUGGAUCAGACGAGGAGGGAUGUUCUCCUGAGCUGGAGUGUAACUUUGAACACGGGCUGUGCAGCUGGAAACAAGAGCAGAGUGGAGGAGACGUGUUUGACUGGACCCGCAUCCAAGGCCCCACUCCGACCAUUAACACGGGGCCCUGGAAGGACCACACACUGGGCACCAGCUACGGCCACUACCUCUUCAUCGAGUCCUCCACCCCCCAGGAGUUCAAAGACACGGCUGUGUUGCUGAGCAGAGUCUUCCAACCCACCCACCAGCGAGGAAAGGACCCGUCCAGGUUCCGCCACCGCUGUGUUUUCCGCUUCCAUUACCACAUGUUCGGCUCACAUGUGUUCUGCCUGGCGGUGUACCUCAGGACCACCGCUGCAGGUCGUGGGUACAUGUUGUGGGUACGAUAUGGAGCACAAGGAAACCUGUGGCACAGGAAGACUCUCUACCUCACCAGCGUUCGGCCUUUCCAGAUUGUGAUAGAGGGUACAGUUGGAGAUGAUUUUGAAGGGGACAUUGCCAUUGAUGACCUUUCCUUCCUGGACUGCGUCCCAUAUGAAGGAGAGCUCCCCACAGCGAAUACCACGACCCCGGUAGUGACCACUCCAACCCCCACAGUUCAGCCCCACAGCUGCCCUGAUGGACAGUUUGUGUGUGGGGCUCACGGGGAGUGUGUUGCCAACAGCAAAGUGUGUGACUUCAGACGGGAUUGUUCUGAUGGCUCAGAUGAAUUAAACUGUGUGAAGGAACAGUGUGAUUUCGAAGGCGGUGACACUUGUGGUUGGAAGAGCGUCGACUCCUCUUUGGUCUCAAUCCACGCGUUUCGCUGGUCACCUGACCAAGGGGAGAGCAUUCAUGAUGGAGAGCAGUAUCACCGUCCUGUUAAUGACCACACGCUAGGCGGUCCUGAAGGUUGGUACAUGUGUGCAGACAGUUCAAACGGUGGCUACGGUCAAACCACUGACCUCCAGACGCCCGCCAUCUCCUCCACCGGGCCGCUGUGCACACUGGUCUUCUGGUAUCACAUGAGCGGAUUCACAGUGGGGUCGCUGCAAGUGCUGUUGAAGUAUGGAAACAUCACUCAUGAGGUUUGGUCUCAGACCGGUAACCAAGGCAACAAAUGGAGACGAGGAGAAGUGUUUUUGGGAUUAUCAGACAACUUCCAGGUGGUGUUCAGGGCGAAGCGAGGGAUCAGCUACAUGGGCGACGUGGUGAUAGAUGAUGUCAGCUUCCUGCACUGCUCCCCUCCUCUUCCUUCAGACCAGCCGUGUACACCUGAGCAGUACGCCUGCGCUAACGGCCACUGCAUCCCCCAGGACAACCUGUGUGACUUCAUCAACCACUGCGGGGACAACUCUGACGAGGACCCCUAUAUCUGCAAGGGCUUCAGCGGGCGCUGCAGUUUUGAAUUUGACCUCUGCUCAUGGCGUCAGUGCCGACAGGAUGACUUUGAUUGGCUGAUCAAAGCGGGCAGCACUCCCACAGUUGGCACCGGGCCUUCAAGUGACCACACCCUGAGAGACCCCUCAGGGCACUACCUCUACCUGGAGAGCUCCUUCCCCCAGGCAGCCGGAGACGCCGCCCGCAUAUCGGGACCCUUACUGAGCCGCAGGAGCUCACAGUGCAAGAUGCGUUUCUAUUUUCACAUGUCUGGAGACGGCAUCGGGACCAUCAGCGUGUUCAGGAAAAGCGAAGGGCAUCUUCAUCUCCUUCUCAACCUGACGGGAGACCACGGCAACUACUGGCAGAUGAGAGAGAUCCCGCUGAGUCACAACGGGGACUUUCAGGUCAUGUUCGAGGGCAAGGUGGGCCGAAGUGGAAAGGGUGACAUCUGCCUGGAUGACAUCACUUUCUCUCCGGGAUGUCUGCUCGCCUCGUCAUCAAGAGUAGAGGACAUCACUCCUCCACCUCCUGCAGGCUCUUGUCCUUCAGGCUUCCUGCCUUGUGAAAACGGCCGGUGUUUCAAUGCGGGGCAGAGCUGUGAUUUCACUGAUGACUGCGGCGAUGGCACUGAUGAAAAGGAUUGUGGGACUUCUUGCUCCUUUGAGAGCGGGUGCUGUGGCUGGAAGAGCUCCCUGGCGGAUAAUUUUGAUUGGACGCUGGGGACCGGAUCUGUGAACAGCAUACGGCCUCCGUAUGAUAACACGUUGAUGAAUGAAAGUGGUCAUUUCGUGUAUCUGGAAGCUACGCCGGUGGGACUCAAAGGCGACAAGGCUCACAUUAGGAGUUCUGUUUGGAAAGAGUCGAGCCCCAUCUGCAAGCUCUCCUUCUGGUACUACAUUUCCCACAAGGCCAUAGGAACAAUCCGCCUGCUGAUCAAGACGGAGAACGAUUUGUGGGAGGCGUGGAACAAAACGGGCCAUCAGGGGAAUAAGUGGAACCAAGUGGAGAUCCCCCUGAGGAAGAUGAGGAACUUUGAGGUGAUAUUUGAAGGGAUCCGCUCGAGGGACGUGAGUGGAGGAGCCGCUCUGGAUGACCUGCAGUUCACAAACUGUGCCCCAAAUGUUGUGGAUCCACUCAGCUGCCCUGCAGUCACAGACUUUGUGUGUCACAGUGGCCACUGCAUUGAGUCCCACCUGGUGUGCGACAACAAGCCCGACUGUGCUGAUGAAUCCGAUGAGAUAGACUGCGAGCACAUAGUCGGCUUGCCAGGCGCUUGUAAUUUCAACAUGGAUGACAACCAGUGGGAAGACACCUGCCAGCUUUCUCAGGACGCUGAUGAUGACUUUGAUUGGAGGAUUGGUCAUCAGAGUGAGACACCAGGAGCUGGACCUCACGCUGACCACAGUCCUGGAGGUGGUGGGAACUUCCUGUACAUACACUCAGCCACUCAGAGGGAGGGCGACGUUGCCAAGGUGACGACCAGGAGUCCAUUUCCAGCCAGUAUCGGCCUGUGUCACCUGCGCUUCUGGUUCUACAUGCACGGCUCUGACAGGAUGGGAACGCUGAAGGUCUACACCGUCGGACCCAGUGGCACCAGUCUGCUGAUGUGGGCAGCCACUGGAAACCGUGGUAACCAGUGGACAUACGCUAAUGUCAUCCUGUCCAACCCAGCACCUUUCAGAGUGACCUUCCAGGCAGAGGUGGGUGGAGACGUGUGGACAGACAUCGCCUUGGAUGACAUCUCCUACACCGCACAGUGUAUGGUAGAAGGACCAGUAACCCCCCGGCCUCUGACCUGUGGUGUGGACCAGUACCAGUGUAUGUACUCCUAUCAGUGUAUCCCAGAGAGCUGGAGGUGUGACGGAGAGCUGGACUGUGCCGACCAGUCCGAUGAAGAGUUUUGUCCCACUGUGGUGCCUGGUACUCUUCCUCCGCAGGAUCGCUGUCCUGUUGGACAUUUCCAGUGUUUGAAUGAUCUCUGCCUGCCCUCUAUACUGCGCUGUGACGGCGUCCCAGACUGCCCUGACGGAGAGGAUGAGAACAGCUGCCCAGCUCUGCUGCAGUGUGAGCUGGGAGAACUGGUGUGUGAAAGUUGGCCUGGUUGUAUCCCACUUCAGAAGCGCUGUGAUCACUCAGCAGACUGUCUGCCUUUUCACUCUGAUGAGUCCAGCUGCCAUGAUUGUCCUCUGCUGUAUUGCCUGGAUCAUGGCUCAUGCCUUGUGGAGAAACACGGGCCUGUUUGCAUGUGUUAUCAUGGAUGGACAGGCAACCGUUGCCACGUGAAGGAGAAACCGUCCCUCACCACCUCGACACCCGAACCAGAGGACACACAGCUGGACGCGGUGUAUGUUGGCAUCGCCAUCGGACUGCUGCUGCUUGUUGCCGGAGUCGCUGUCUGCACUCUGGCUUUAUACAAGGAAAAAUGCUCCUUAAUAAAACCCAACCCGAUGGACUACGGAGUGAUGGAUAACCCAGCCUUUGACUGGAGAGCAGAGCCCCCGUGCGUGCCUGCUUGUCCCAGAGUUGACCCCAGCAGGAGUGACGGUCGGGGGCUUUCCAUCAGUGUCUACCCCUGGAGGAGGGAGGUGGAGCAGGGUGCGGUCUGGAAAGAUGCCAAGCUGUCCUUCGUCAACCCACUGUACAAUUACCCCUCUAAUGCUAAUAGCUCGGAAGCAUAAAAACAAUGGACUUUACAUAUUGACACUGCAGUAGAUCUGGGUCAAACAGUGUGUGCACAUACUCAAUGAGUUUGUCUUGACCUGCUGAGGUGCCAAGUGGUGGUGGUGGUGGGGGGAACAGUGCAAAGAGUUGAAGAAAGUUUGGAUAUUUUGCAAAGAAGCACUUGAAUGUCAAUUCUGAUACACUGCUUUUUGCUUAGACUCCAGGAUGAACUGAUUAGAUUUUGGAGGUCAGAGGUCAAGGUCACUGUGACCUCACAAAACACGUUAAUUAUGACAAUUCCACACAAAUGUCUUAUAGGGUAAAAUGAUGGAGUGAUGACAUUUACAGACAUGGAUGUUAACUGCAACUUGACUGGUUGACGGAGGCAUACAGCCGCGAGGCGGUAAUUUUAGUUUCCAGUGUUUCCAGUCUUUAUGCUAAGCUAAGAAAAUCAGCUGCGAGCUGUACCUUUGUAUUUAACGGACUUUCACGAUAGUGGUAUCAAACUUCUCAUCUCAUUCAUUCAAGCUAGCAUAAAUUUCCCAUUUUUAGAAGAAGAAAAAGAUAAAAUGUCAAUACCCAUCAGUAAGGAAGUCAAAAUGGCCAUUAGAACAAAUCCAAAAAAUAAGUUUGGGCCAUUUUCUACACUUACUACAGCCAGUGUUGCAGUUUAUCAAGAGUGCUUCAGUACCCUAACUUGCUGGAAUGGUUGUGAGUUCUUUGUGCAUGGUGAUUAAAGGUUUUCUUUAGUGCUGGCACUGGACUGAAAGACUCCACUGAACACAGAGAGCUUCCAAAUGGAGUCCUGACUUCAUUAGUGAUCCGUUUUAAUCCCCACAAGUGCAAAUAAAAUAGUUUGCCCCUGUUUUAUUUGCAAAUUAAAAUCCAUUACAAGUCAGCGUCCUGCUGCUGCUUUGUAUGUGAUGUGAACUGACUCUCAAACUCUCCGUAUCAACCAGCGCUGAGCAGAUGGCUCGUAAACAGCACAGUUAAACCAGUCUGUUAUAAAUUUGACAAGCGUUCGGUCAUGGCUCUUCUCAGCUGUGUCUCAUCAAAGAUGCCAUCAUGAAUGACCUUCUUAUAUUUGACAGGCAACAUGAUGAUUUACAAGGUCAGGCCAUGUUCUGGAUAAGUGAGAUAUGCUAAAGAGAGCAUCAAGUUUGUGUAGGCAGCUUCCUCUUAGCCUCAAUAAGUACUGGAGGAAUUGUUCAACAUUUUCUGAAAUACGCUUAUUCAUUUUCUUACCAAAAGUUAUAUGAGGAGAUUGAUACCAUUCACCUUUAUAUCUGUUAAAUAUGAAGCUAAACAGCUAUCAGCCAGUUAGCGUAGCAUAAAGACUGUAAAGCAGUGGGCAACCUCCGGUUCUGAGAAGUGAAGUCAAUGCAGAAGUGUCUUAAACUUGUAUUCUUUC